UAACACCACUCUCCCCCUCUCUCUAUAAUAUUUCCACCUUCUCUCUAAUAUUUUUUUUCUCCAAAAAAAAUAAAAAUGGUUAGUCUCUCCCACCCUAAAAGUCCUCUUUCAUCUCUUCAUAUUUUCUCAAGUAUGAACAAAUCAUCAUCACCAUCAUCAUCUUCUACUUCUUCCUCAACUUCAACCACUUCUUCAUCAUCUCUAACAACAAUGAAAGUAAAAACCCUAAUUCACAACCUCAUUUUCUCCCACAUUUGUCGCGUUAUUCGAGCAUUAUCCAAGGCAAAAUCAAUCUUCCUAGACAUUUUCCGGGAAAAUCAACUCAUGUACUUAACACAAACCAAGAAAAAGAAUAAGUAUAGGAAAAAAAUACUCUUUGGCUCUUUUAGGUUGCACUACAAUUGGUGUUCUUCUUCAGCUCAUGUUUUGCCUAUUCCUUCACCCACCAUUUUAGAGACUAGUAGUAUUUUCUAUGAUUCUACUUGGAACUCAGUUUACUCGACCGACGACGUAAAUCAUCGUAAGGAAGAUGAUCAAGUUUGUAAUAAUGGGAUUAUUGGUAAGGAAGAUGAUGAAGAAAGUCAUCUUUCAAGUUAUCUUCAAUGGCUUGAAGAAAAAGGUGGCAAAAAUAAUAAUGAAGGAGAUCAUCAUGAGAAGAAUAUUAUUGAGAAUGAGAUUGAUAAGCUUGCAGAUAUGUUCAUAGCUAAUUGUCAUGAGAAAUUCAGGUUGGAGAAGAUUGAAUCUUAUAGAAGAUAUCAAGAGCUUAUUGCUAGAAGUUUGUGAGAAAUAGUUUUACUCUCUUCAAUAAUAAAGAAAAUCAAAGAAAAAGAGAGAUGGAGGGCAUAAAUAAUUUACUUGAUUAUUUAGCUACUUAUAAUUAGCUUACUUCUUCUUAGAUAGCUUUUUUUUUUUUUUUUUUUUUUUUUUUUUGUUUUGUUUUGGGGUUGUGCUAGAUGAUGACAACAAUGGGCAAGAAAAUCAGGUGUUAUUGUGGAUGUGAUUCUUAUUAUAAUAUAGUAUAUGUUCAGCUUAAAAUACUGGUUCUCUCUUUUUAUGUUAUUUUUUCUUGUUCUCUGUUGUAUAAUGGAGUACUUAUUUUGUAUGAAGAUUCAAGAGCAUAUAUAGGUAUAUGGAGAAGUGUACAUGAAGGGAUUAUUGUGGUAUUACGAAAUUUUUGGGGUAAUUCUUGUUUUUAUUAUAUCUAUAUUCAUUUGUUUA